AUAUAAAAGAUAAGAUAUAAUCAAUUUAAGUUAUUACAUAAAAGGUAAGAAGUUUACCAGAUAAGAAGUUGAAACUAAACCGACACAAAGUGUAAGGAUCUUAUAACCAUAGAGUGUAAGGAUCUCCUCAUAAAAUGGAUGGAAAAGAAAAUCAAAGUUCGAAAACAGAAGUUAACUUUAACACAUAUGCGACAAAGAAAACAAUUGCGAAAGGAUUGUUUGAUAUCGGAUUAUUGAUGAGCAAUGCGUCACAGCUAAAAUCCGUCCUAAAUUACGGCUCGUCCUGGAACUAUUACUACCCGGUUAUAGUGAUGAUAUGUGCAUCAUUAUUCCUGCAAUUCUUGGUCGGGAUAAUGUUACUAGUUCUUGGACGAAUGGUUUUUGAAACUGACGAAGGGAAAAGGCGUGCCAACAAUCUUAAUAAUGUUACGGUCGGGUUUGUAGGUGUUAUAACAGUCUUGAAUAUUUUCAUUGGUUCAUUUGGGCUGCAGAUGUCAGGAGAUCAGUGACCAAGUUUGUAAACAUCGAAAAUCUUCAUAAAUUACGUUUAUUUUGCCUCCAACUUCAGACAUGGAAACAGGCAUUUUACCCAGAACUCUAUAACUCAGCA